GUUGGAGUUGCUCUCCAAUAUUUUGACUUUCUUUCCAUCCACUAUGCGACGUCUCUCCCAUUCCCAUACACUCGACAUUCCGUUGGCAAACAACUGGAAAUUUCAAAAGUCAAAGACAGAACCAGAAUUUCCCCAGCCUUCACAGCCGGUAAGAAAACGAACACAAGCAGAGCAGGAUCAAGUAGACGAAGAUGCGCGACGGAAGGCCAUGAAAGAUUUAGUGGGCAGUUGGAAUGAUCGAUUGCAAUUGAUCAGUUUGAUUACGACUAGUCGCGUUCAAAGUUGAAACAGCUACUUUGUAAGUCUGUAAGUCGGCCCAGUUGUAAGUGCCAAACAACUGAAAAGGGAAGGUGAUUAGUAAGACUGCCGCGCGACACAUUUGAGCUUUGCGUGAGCUCCCCCCACCCUCCACUGCUUGCUGGGACUAAAGGAACACUAAGUUUUGGGCUUAAUGAGGACAAAUCUCGGACUAGCUUGAACUAUUAUGAGAAAAUAUAGAGAGUUUAAACUCAAAAACGGUAGAAUGAACGCCUGACGUAUUGAACUGGGGUGGGCAUUAUUUUUU